AUGGUCACAGUUUGUGUUGUGCCGCCGCAGACCAAUGAGUUCGCCCUAUCGGUAGUGGAUGCUCCUGUCGAAGUUGCACUUGUUACCAGGGUCUGCCCGGUUCCUGUGAUGGCUUGCGCGCUGGAGCCUGGCGUGGUCAAUGGAUCUAUUGGCUUGGAGGCUGUGGCGCCAUCGACCCGCGAAUCCGGCCGGAGUUCGGAUUCUACCGCGCUUGACGGCGCUGACGAUUGGCCCGUAGUGGGUGCAGAAUCUGACCUUAGAUUAACAUUUUGGGAUGGCGUGGCACUGGGGGCCGUCGUGGUGCCGAGCAUGGUGGCCAGCGUCGUUGACUUCAUCGCCAAGUUGGAGGCACAGCCGAUUGUGCCUACCUGCUGCACUGGAGUUGAAUCCAAACUCGCCGUUCCACCUGCUAACAUCACAUGGACACAGAAUAAUGUGUUGUCCCCUGCACAGUCCCUGUACCGACAAGUUAGCCAUGUGCUGCAGCAGAAUGCGGCGGAAUAG